UUUUCAAAUCGGCCUCUACCGGCCUUUCGUCGAAGCAGUACAUAUAGUAAAAAGCAUGAGGAAAAACGAAGGUUGUUGGUUUCUACACGUAUACUCGUACGUAUAUUUUUAUUUCGUAUUCUCGCAUCAUGUCGUUCGAGUAUCCCGUCGUCGGCUCGACAAAUUAUGGCAUUUCAACAUGAUAGAUUCUCAGAUGUAGUUAUGCAAUGGCGAAACGGAUUCACGUACGAGAUUUGGCACCAUUCGCAUCUUCAGAGGAUCUAAGUGAUGAGCGCGAGAGUCCAUUAGACGAAGAAAAACAAAAAGCCAAGUUACCUCAAAUCGAAGAAGAAAUGAAAGAAUCCUCCAAAGUUAACCUCAACGUAAUAAAUGUCGCACCGAGAAUCGAUAUCAGUCGAGCUAGCAGCUCUUCGCAUCAAGAAGACAGCAGUCCAGAACGCGAAUUACUUUUAGGAGCCGACGGCAAAGGAUCCAAAUUAGAAGUAGCAUUCGGAGAGGAAAAUGCCUCCGAUCUACACAGCAGUACCGAGGAGCUUUCUUUUCAAGAUCCUGCAGAAGCCGAAAAGUACAAAAAGAAGAAACAAUCGCAAACCUUCACAGAUUUACAAAACGAAAACCAACGAAAAGAUUCCGGAUGCAGCGACAUAGCGUUACUUUCGAUUAGCGGUAGAACUAGCAGAGUAUCUUCGGUGGGUUCUGUGGCUUCCGGCGGCUCAGGAAUAUCGAAUUAUUCAGCCCGAUCUCAUCUGUCCGCUACGUCAAAUUUAUCUAGAGCAUCGCGCGGUUCUUCGCCACAUCGCAUGUCGCUCGAGACAUCUUUCUGCGGCCCAAAACCGAUGCACAGUGUCAGCAUAGACGUCGACGAAACUGUCAAAAGUAUAGCGGAUAAAUUAUCUCAAAAGACUGAAAUGGCUGAAAACGCUGCCGCCGCCGCUGCCGUCGCCACCGCCGCAAAAGAAGUUAAAUCGGAAAAAGCUACAACGACGACAACGAAGACUAAAAGAACACCGAGAGAACCGGUCAGAAAAGCUGUCGCCGAUUCGAAAGCGUCGGCUUCUUCGCAGUCGCAGUCGCAGUCCAGAGAUAGUUCGUCAAAUCGACGCAGGAAACCGUCGGUCGAGAAUCCCAAAACGCAGAAAUUCGUGUCUCUUCACAGCGACGAAGAAGAAGAGCCGAUCGCCAGCAAAAGCGUCAACGCCAAGUCCAAGCCGACGAAUCCGACCAAUCCGGCCGUAGUAGAUAGUCGUACGCAGAUAUUCAUUCCAUUACACGGCGACGGCAGCGAAGUCGAGAAAACUUGCGAACCGAAUCCGAACAGUCCGAAACGUCUGAAGCCCUUUACCAACACGACGUUGGUUAAUUUUAUAUCCAGGUACGAUACGGCGGCAAAAGCCAGACGCGAACGAAGAUCCACCGUAUCCGAAUCGAAAGCCGAUUACAAUCCGCGCGGCAGUAUCAACGAAGAGUUUCAGAAAUUCAUCAGGUUGAAAGACGACGACGACGAUUACGGCGCUGGCUCCGGCUCCGGUUCCGCGAGCCUGAGAACGAAAUCGGCGACGCCGCCGAAACACCGAAGAAGCGUUUCCAAUAUACCGGCUACCACCUCGUCCACUCCGACAAAACCCGCAGCAUCGUCGGCUAAACAAAUCGUCGUUCCUAUUCAAGUAUAUCAAGCUCCAGAUACGACCAGUCCCAGUGCGGAUGUGUCUGCUGUAACGACGACAACAACUGCCCCAAGUUUGUCGUCAGCACCACCAGCAGCAUCAACAACAACCGUAGAAAAACCUAUAUCCGAUCUGCCCAAGUAUUUGAUGACCAACGACGGCACGACGCAGUAUAUUCCAUUACGCGGAUCGGACUCGGAUUUGCCCAAUACUCGCCAGCAAUCGUAUUCGAAUCAAAAUUAUCUAUCGGUCAAUAAAAACGAUAUCAAAUCACUCUCCGACGAUCGUAAUCUCUCGCAUUUGUCGCCGUUAAUAAGUCCGAAUCUAGGCAGACAUAAACCGUCUAAUUUAGAGCUGAAUUACCGCGACCAUCCGACCAGAUCUGCAAAAAGUAUGACGCAAUUAAUCAACAGAGACGAAUCCAGAACACCAUCGCCGAAUGCGUCCGCUUCUAAUCAUACUCGUUUGUAUCGACGAUGCUCCGAAUCGGCCAAAGAAAUUAGAAAUAUUGAGAAAUCUAAAUCGCGAUCAGGAUCGAUAAAAUCGUUAUUUUCUUCAUUCUUCAAACGAAGUAACAGCGCUCGAAAUAAAAAAACACACAGAACGGUCGAAUCGAAUCGUAACGAAAUCCCCGAUUCUAAAAUCACCAACGUAGAAUUCACAUUCAAACAACAGGCCAAAAGUAAAGAACCCGACUCGAUAAUAAUACCUUUACAUUCGGACGACGAAUCAGCUCCUUCGAAUUCUAAAGGUUAUGGCGAACGGCCAAAAAGAGAAUUGAAACAGGAGAAGCCGCAGAGUGCCGAAAACAAGACUAAUAUAACGGAUAAAAUCGUAACGAAAUCCAUUCCGUCGGCCUCAAGUUCGCCAAAAAUCAAAAGCGUGAGUUACGCGAAUAAUAUCGAAGGAUCGACGACGACGACGACGAAGCCGGCCCCGACCUCGGCACCGGCCGCGUAUACGAGUAGACCUAACGAACCGCAGAAAGUCAGAGUCGAAGAGUAUACUUGCUGCAAAAAAGAAAUCGUCAGAGAGAUUAGAAUCGUCGAGAAAACCAGCAUUUCGUCGUCGCCCGAAGUCGAAAAGAGGACUGAAAUUUACAAGCUCGAAUGCGAAGUUACCGUUCAUAACGAAGAGAGUCGGCAGCCGGAUAUUGAAAAACAAGUGAAGAAAAAUAAAUUAGAACCGGUGGCGGUGGCGACGGCGACGACGGCGGCGCAAGUUGAAGAGAAAGAAUCACCGUUGACCGAUCACAGCGAUUCGAACGUGCUGGUGAAAUCCGUCAGCGAUACGCGAGUCGAUCCGGCAGAAAAGCGUAAAAAAAUGUCGAAACACGAAGCGGUAGACGGCGAAGAAGGCGAUAUAUCGACUGAUUCGGAUAGAGUUACCUUGAUGUUGGGCGAAAACGAAGAAGAACAUAAAACAUUGGUCAACACGUCCGAGUCGUUCGACGAAGAAUUACCGUACGUUCCGACGACGCUGCCUCAGGAAAGAUCAGUCGCCGUGCCCAUAGUUCCGAUUAAAGAACGUUUGGGUGAAAUUCGAAUGCAAUCUGUCGACCGGCCACGCUCGGUUACGCCGCUCAAUCCAGCUCUGCUGGACAACUACGUUGCCACCAGUCUUCCAGCGACCGUCACCAGCACCGACGAAACCAGUACCACCGAAAAACUACACAUCACGCUGCCACGGACAGAUGCUGCAACAGACGCGCCGAAAAAGAAGAGUCCCCUAAUAAAAAAAAAGACUUGGCAAAACUUGAUCCAACAUGACCAUCAGCAGCAGAGUCCUACGAAAAAGAUAGCGCCCGACCAGAGCGAAUCUAAUACGCCGCCGGCUUUAUCUCCGCGUCCGCGAAGAUCCAUGUCGUGGGUAUCGUUCGACGAAUCUAGUCACGAAAUGAGACAAUCACCGAAACGUAUUACUACGUUACCGUCCUCGUCUUCGUACACCGCCGUCGCCGACACCAUCGGCGCUACGGAUUCGAGCGACAACCGAUACGCUCAACAACGUAUCGUUUUCGUUAAUCCCGACGAAUGCUCGUGCGAAUGUCACGAAACUCCUCAACAUAGUAUUAAACCAUUCCAUAACAAUAAUAAACCAUCGCAAUAGAAUACCUAAUAAUAUUUUACCUAAUACAUACCUAUUUUAGACAACAUUACCACAAAUAAUAAUACGCCUCGUAUUACAACAUUAUUAAAAACGUUAGUUCGUAUCGUUCCCCAUGUUUUUAUACACCUUUACUACGUUUCGUUUUAAUUUUCAUAAAUUUUUUUUUCUCGUAAUCUUAUUUCUUCAUAAUAUUUUAAUUUUCUUACUAUAUUAUUAUCAGUUAUUUAUUUAUUUAUUGAUCGUUGUUAUUUGUUUAUAUUUGAAAGAAAAAAACCAUUAACUGCGUAAGUAUAUUUAAAAAAGAAAAAAAUACCAAAAAAAAAAAAAGAUCAUUCCUUUCCAUCGUGGAAUAAAAUAGCACGAAAAUACAUUACAUAUUACCUAUACGCGGGUUUCUGUGAUUUUAAUACGAAUCAUCUCGUAGCAAAACGUUCGCGAUUUGCCUGACAUGAACAAUUAACAACCAAAGAUCCGCGUUCAAUAGAAAAUUAAUUUUUAUUAUAAAUGCUACCUACGUUUAUUUACGUAUUUUGUCAUUUUAUACUUUUUAUUUUGUUGAAUAUUGUAGCAAUAAAUUUGUUAAUUAAAA